UUUUCUCAAUAUUCAAGCCUCAGAUUCCAGAUUUUCAAAUUGCUGUGUUUCAACCAAAUAUAAAACCAUGCACGUAUAAACGUACAAAUCUCAAUUAAAAAAAAGUACCCUUAUGACUGGUUUUGUGGUCUCGGUCACAUUUUUGUUUGGACUGUGUGUGUAGGUUUAACUUGUCAUGUGAUUGCUCUUAACUGAGUUGUUAACGGAACCCGGCUCUUUUGGGCAGUUUGGAGAAGCUCAGCACACUCAUCCUGGACUGCAAUAACUACAGCGCGCAUGUUAAAUUCCCCUACAUGCCCAGCCUCACCACCCUGUGGAUCAACAAGAACAAAAUCAGCAACCUCCCCAUUAUAGUGGAGGAGAUCUGCUGCAAGUUCCCAAACAUCAAGAUUCUCAGUAUGAUGAACAAUGAAGCAGCACCCAGUUACUUUAAUGGAGGCAGUCUCACGCAGUAUAUGGAUUACAGGCAGUAUGUGAUCAGUCAGAUCCCGGGUCUGGAGGUGCUGGAUGACACAGAGGUGCAGGAGAAAGAGCGUGAAGUGGCCCGAAAGACCUACAGGAUGCAGAGGAUGAGAGAAGGCAGUCGGAGGAGGAAGGAGCUUCAUCGCUAACACAUUCCCUUCAGUCCACAAACAACCAAAGCAUGCCUUCCAGACUUCAUGAGCUUUAAAGCCUUUACUCAUGCAACAGAUCAUAUUCAAACUUGGAUUUAAAGUUAUGACGCCAGAAAUAUUUAAAUAUUUUAACAUGCAACCAGUAAAUGUCAGGGUUAUUUGUUGCCAGGGUUAGUAAACUGUAGGCCUAUUAAAUAGAAGAACACAAUGAAAGUAUGUACAGUAUCUUCAUAUUGCUAUUACCACCAUAAAAGUCAUAGAAAUCGAACAAAUAGAAUAGCAAUACGAGAAUAACAUCAUAAGUUUUUAAUUAUAAUAGUCUAAAUUCCAAGAAUGAAGUCAUAGCAUUAUGAGGUUAGUCAUAAUAUUUUGAGAUUAAUGUCUUCAUAUUUCUGUUGCCAUCAGUUAAUGCGAGUUACAUAAUCAGAUGACUUUUUUUCAGGUAGCUAUCUAAAAUUACAAGUUGAAAAUAUCUCAAAAGUAAUGCAAAAGUUAGUUUCUAUAAAACGUUUCCCCAGCACUGGCUGUCACCAUAAAAUAAGCAAUAAGCCAGUGGCACUGCAGUCUAUUUUAUUGCUCAGAUAUAACAGCUGCUAAAACAGAUUAUUGAUUAAAAAUCAGCUGUAUGAUUUAGUGAUAAGGCUUAUCUCUGAUAACCUCUUCACAGAACCACAUGAACUACUAUAUUUAUCUCAGCUGCAUGUUUGAGUGUCUUAUUGUACAGUAUGUUCUUGAAAUCAAAUCACAUUUCAUUUUUCCUCAUCUAAUGCAGUAUGCAGGAAGUUUUGAAAUUGGACUGCAAAUUAUAUUUUUAUAAGCUACAAGAUCCAUGCACAUGAAUCAGAUAUGUCUAACUAAUUUAUGUAAGCAUGAAGACGGAUGUUAGACAUAUGCUCUGUGGUGUUUAUUAGCCUACAGUGGUAAUUAACUAACUAUGGCCUUUAACACACAUUCAUUACAGAGCAGAGAAACAGGCGCAGAAGCACUGAAUCAUUACCGUAAUACACAAUAUUAUAAACAAUCAGUCAAAACUGGUUAUUAUAAACUGUGCAAAAGCAUCCUAAGCUAUGGUUGUUCUUAUAUGUCUUAUAUACCCCUUUCAGAAUAUGCAACAUUUUAAUAAUCUAACUUCAUGAGAGGAAAUGUGUUUUGAUGUUUCAUUUCUGUAAACUUGAAUUGAUGUGCAAAAUUUGUUUAACGAUUUUUUUCAUUUAGUUCCCUUCAAGAAGCUAAUACUUUUGUACGCAGAAGACAAAAUAAGUACAAUUUACCAUGCAUUUCAUUCAAAAAGUUUACACCCCUUCUGACUCUUGCUGAUGUCUCUCUCUUUUUUUAUUUGUUUUAUUAAAGUAGCCCAAUCUAUUUUCA